AUGCCAGCAGCACUGGACCCCGUCGUUGGCCACCAGUCGCCCCAGACCGGCCAGCCGCAAGUCCCUUCGGCGAGCUCGAACAUGUCGCCCCAUGUCGCAGCUCAACUCUCGGAAGCCACCAGGAUGACGCCAUACGCUCAUGUGGCCGGCCUCCCGUCACAUGCUUUCCAUCACCAGGUACAGACCCAGCGUGCUCAGACCAACGCGCAUGGCCCCAUAAUGCAACUUCGCCAUCAUGGAUCCCAUCACCAACCUCAGGUUCCCCACUACUACCUCUCCCCGGCAGAACUGGAUGCGAGCAACCCCAGCUUCCUCCAAGCUCUGAGGCCCCCUAGCCCGAUACUCCCCAUCCACGAGCAUCGUGCGUACAUAACUGAGAGGCUCUACACGCAGAUGCCGAGCCCGAACGAGUCAAACAACACCACCUCCCGCAUGACGGCAAAGGAGAUCGCAAUGUGGAACUCCCUUGGUGAACUGAACCCAUCGGACCUAGAGAACGUGGACCCGCGUCGCCCCUUGUCCCCUGGUAUUCGCACCAUCAUGCAUGCCCCCUCCGACCUGCACACUGGUGCCUUUGCUCCGCUGCCAAUUUAUGAAGCAGAGGGAGGUUCAGAUUCCAGCUCAAGCACAUUCUCAGCCACAGCGGCCCCCUCUCGAGCCAUCUUAGGGGAGACCCAACCUCCCUUCGCUUACCCCGGGACAUCCCACGCUCACAUCGAGGAACUUCACAGCAACCCCCGCGUGCAUGAAGGCUUUCCCAAUGACCGACACCCUCCCAUGUUCAGCCUGAUGCUGAGAGCUGCACAGAUGGGUGGGACCGUUAUGCCGCCACCGCCCCUUGGAGGAGGACAUGGCGACACAUCCCACCCCCACUCCACGGGGAAGAUUAUGAUGUGA